ACCUGACUUCACGUCACACCUACUCAAGCUCAUCCACAUAUAUAAGUGGCACAAAGGUCAGGAAAGAGAUAUGUUCAAAGCAACGUUAUCAUACAUCUACACCACACUCCUAUUAGCUGUGCUAGCUGUUGCUGUGAAAGGCAUCUACGUCCUCGGCUUUGCGCGAACGGGGGUUAGGACGAGGGAGCAGAGACGGGUUUAGAUUGAUAAGAUUGAUAAGGAUUUCGUGAUUAUAAGCAAAAGAGCAAGAGAAAAGAGAGAUAGAGAGAGGAAUGGAGAAAUCAACCGAAAAGGAACUACAGAUCCUCGUUUUGGGAUUAUGUAGGACGGGCACUUAUUCCCUCAAAGCCGCCCUAUCGGAAUUGGGCUAUAAUGUCUACCACAUGGCCAGCGUGUGGAGAUCGCCCGGACACGCGGAUUUGUGGACUGAGGCUUUUGAGCGGAAAUUCGGGGAGAAAGGAGAAGUGCUUGACAAAGAUGUUGUUGGGAAAGAGGAUUUUGAAAGGAUUUUAAAAGGCUGGGAUGUAGUAACUGAUAUCCCAGCCGCGUGCUUCGGUCCGGAACUUAUAGCUGCGUAUCCAGAUGCGAAGAUUAUACUGACGACUAGGGAAACGGAAGGCUGGGUAAGGAGUAUGAGGGGCACUAUUUGGGGGAGUCAGGCCGAUCCGCUAAGACCAAUCGACAAACUAUUCUACAACAAACAUUUCUCAUCCGUAGCGCGGAUGAUGGAAACGUUCUUCGAUACCUAUUUCUAUGGCGAUUUCCCGCGCUUCGGAGCUAGGGUUUUCGAGG